AUGAACGUACCAGGAAGUGGAAUUUCUCCUCGGCUAGGGUCGGCUCUCUACAAUUCUGAGAAGGUAGAAGAUGAGAUACGGUGUGUUGGUUUAAAAAUUAAACAACAUGAAGAGAAAAUCAGUUUCUUGAAGCGGCAGAAACAAUUGAUCGAUGAAAAAGUUCUAAAUAUGCGAGUUGCUUUGGGAAAGCAUCACUCAACUACACGUAUGUCGGAUAAUGAGGAUCCUUCUUAUGAGCAUUGUGACAAGGAGACAGUUGAAGAAAUUAUGAAGACUGAAAAUACUGCAGCUGCCCUUUUGUGCCAAUUGAAAAUCCAUCAUGACUCCUGGGCUUCUCAGCUCACAUGGAUGAAAGAUGUGGUUGGUAUUGUUGCUUUGCUUGGCAGACUUGAGGAUGAUAACCUUAACAGCAUUCUGUCUGAGUACUUGGGAAUGGAAACCAUGUUAGGAAUUGUCUGCAAAACACAUACUUAUGUCAAAUAUCUGGAAACUUAUGAUAAGGAGGGCCACAUACUUAAAACUGGUCUUCAUGGCCUUGGAGCUGCCAUUGGAAGGAAUUUGGAUGGUCGGUUUCUUGUUAUAUGCCUUGAAAAUAUCAGACCAUAUGAUGGGGACUUUGUGGCUAAUGAUCAAGAAAGGAGGCUAGCUAUUCCUAAUCCAAGAUUGCCAAACGGAGAAACUCCUGCUGGGUUUCUUGGAUAUGCUGUGAAUAUCAUCAACAUUGGCCAAAGCAAUUCAUGCUUCGUAACCGGACAUGGUCUCGGCUUACGAGAGAGACUCUUCUUCAACCUCUUUUCCUGCUUGCAAGUCUACAAAACAAGGGAAGAUAUGUUGCAGGCUCUCCCUUUGGUUGGUGGUGCUGCUGUUUCACUUGAUGGUGGAAUCAUGAGUAACGGUGCGAUCUGGCUGGGGAAACGGAGAAGUGUGGGUUUGAAAUUUCCAAAAUGCCCAAAGAGAUCAAGUGCACAUCAAGUCUCUGAUGAUGAGACUGAAAUGAAGGAGGAAAUACAGAAAAGCGAAAGGUUGCAGGAUGAUGUACAGAGAGAACAAAUGGAGUUGAACCAGGUAAUGAUUCAGUACGAAAACAAGAAACAAGAGUUUGUCCAGAUGCUUGCUCAGUUAAAUUCAGAUGCCCAGGUUCAGCAGCGCGCAGGCCGCGUCGGGGGAGAUUAA